AUGCAAAGAGAUGAUAUUCUUUGCCAAGUUUGUACAUCAAAUAAAGCAAAGUAUAAAUGCCCUAAAUGUUUAACCCCAUACUGUACUGUUUCUUGUUUCAAAAAACAUAAAAGCCAAUGCAAAGAAGAAAUUAAAAGGUCUGAACCAAUAUUACCUAAACGAAAAGAUAAAAAAACAAACUAUUUAAGCGAUACAAUUAAAGAGAAAAUACUUGAAGACAAAAGACUGUUAGAAAUAUUACAAAUACCACGUACUAUUGAAUUGUUAAAAAUUGUUCAAGAAGAAGGUGUUGAUACCUUAAAGAGUUUGAUGUAUGGAGAAACACAAGAUGAUAUAAUUUUUCAAAACUUUGCAAUGAGAGUUCUUCAAGCGGUAGGAUUACGUGACUCACAAGGAGUCUGCAUUUUAUAA